AUGGCCGAGGAGUGCGCCAACCCGCUGUUCCUCAGCUGGGUCAAGGAAUGGUGGGACCAGGCCAAGGAGCGCAACACCAAGGGGGUGAUUGCGUACCGGAACGCGCACGAGUCGCUGCGGGCGUGCCCGAUCCGCUUCGAGCACCCGGACCAGCUCCUGGCUCUCCGGGGCUUUGGCGCCAAGAUGUGCAGUCGGUUACUGGAGCGGCUGACGCAACACUGCGCAGCCAACGGGCUGCCGGUGCCGCCCAAACGGCGACUGGCGGCGGAUACGGUCAGCCAAAUCGCCGCAACGGCCCCGGGGCCGUCCAGCUUGGCGAGGACGAACAGCCACAGCAUCAACGAAGGCGUCGUGGCCGGACAGCGGCCUCAGCGGACACGGAAAGCAUAUGUGCCGGUGCUGCGGCAAGGUGGCUAUGCGAUUCUCAUGGCGCUGUCGUCGCCCGAGGCGAACGGCCGCGACUGGCUGGCCAAGCCCGAGGUGAUUGAGCUGGCCCAGCCGCACUGCGACGCGUCCUUUACCGUAGCGCCACCAGGACGAUUUUAUACGGCGUGGAAGUCGAUCGAGACGCUGCUCAAGAACGAUCUCGUGGCCGAGCGCGGGCGGCCGCACAAGCGGUACGCCCUCACAGACGAGGGCUGGGAGGUGGCCAACAAGCUGCGGGCGGCCGUCUUGGGCGGCGCGGGCGGCGCGCAGGCAGCGCUAGCGGCACAGGCCGCCCACUCCUUGCCGAUACCCGAUGGACAGCCCGGCUUGUCGGCGGCGGAGCUCGACCUGGUGCCGGACGGACCGGCCGUGACGUCUGCAGCCGUGCUGCCCGAGAUUGCGCCGGUCGAGCUGCCGGCCGGGUCGUUUUCGGUGCGGCUGGUUCUCGACAUGCGCGAGCGCGUGACGGGCCAGCGCACGUACAUGGAGGACGAGCUGGCCAAGAAAGAGGCGAAGCCGCUCGUGCGCGCACUGUCCCUGGGCGACGCGCUGUGGGUGGCCAAGUGCCACGACGCGUCUCUCCUCAGCCGGCUGGGGGCCGAAGGCGACGAGGUCGUGCUGGACUGGAUCGUGGAGCGCAAGCGGCAGGACGAUCUGGUCAGCAGCAUCAAGGACGGGCGGUUCCACGAGCAAAAGUUCCGGCUGCGGCGGUCCGGCGUGCCGCAUGUGGUGUACGUGAUUGAGGAAGGCGGCAUGGACGCGGACAUGCUGAUGAAGCACGAGGAGCGGAUGCAGUCGUCGAUUGCGUCGACGCAAAUGACCAAUGGCUACUUUGUCAAGACGACGGCCAAGGUCGACGACACGAUUGCGUACCUGGCGAGGAUGACCAGGCGGCUGCAGGCGCAGUACGCCAACAAGCCACUGCACGUCCUGCCGACGGCGGCCCUGACGGCGCAGAACCAUGUGCCUUGGCUGCGGGCGCUGCGGUCGGUCGAUCGCGCCGGCUCCUACUGCGUGUCCUACGCGGCCUUUGCGUCGCUGACGUCCAAGUCCGAGACGCUGUCGCUGCGCGACGUAUUCCUCAAGAUGCUCAUGUGCACGCGCGGCGUGACGGGCGAGCGGGCGCUGGCCAUUCAAAAGGUGUGGAGCACGCCGUACGAGUUUGUCCAGGCGUUUGAGGAGCUCGAGCGCGAGAUCCAGGCGACAGACGACGGCCUGGGCGCCGUUGAUGACACCGUCCGCAAGCGCAAGCGGGAGAUGGUGUUUGACAAGCUGGGACGGCUGCCGGGGACGAAGCGGCGGGUGACGAAGCCGCUGUCGGAGAAGCUGGCCGAAGUUUGGGGGGGUGCAUUGUAG